CUUCAGAAGACUCAGCUACCAACAUUUAAUGAAGGAAUGGUAUAUAAGAAUUAAACUGCGGGGUCCUGAAGACUUUGAAGCAUUGGUGUGGUUAGCGGAUCUGAUAACGUAUAACCUUGAUGAUGAAGCCUUACCUGCCUUACUUGAUGCAUUUUCACUAUCAGGAAAAAAGUUCAAUCAAGUGCCUUACAACCAAGAUGUCGGAAACAUGACAAGCCUGCUUCUGAAUUGUUUAUUGAAAGUAAAUGGAGACCAAGACGCGUUUAAUGAGCGUCUGGUCAAUGCUGGUCUUAGUACUGAGCUGGAUCUCCUGGCAAGACACCUUGCUAGCCUUGCUAGUCAGGAUGACAA